CUCUAUGCCCCAUCGCUAUACGCUUGGUACAAAUGGCUAGAUGGCACAUUUCCGGGUACACUGAGAUCAACUAUUAUCAAAAAAUUGUUAUUGGACCAGUUUGUGUUGACACCCUAUUGUCUGACAAUAUUUUAUACGGGCAUGUCUCUGAUGGAGGGCGCCGAGGACCCCUUUGCGGAGUUGCGUGAAAAAUUCGUGCCUACAUUUUUCCGAUCCUGUAUAUUCUGGCUGCCGGCUCAAGCUUUGAAUUUUAUGUUUAUAGCGCCACGAUUUCGUAUUAUCUAUAUGGGAAUAUGCGGCAUGAUUUGGGUAAACAUACUGUGCUACAUAAAGCGACAGAAUCUGACCACAACAGCAACAACAACAACAACAACAACAACAGCAGCGACAACAAUCAAGCAACAGCAACAAUAA